UUUAUUCUCUUUUCUUUUUGUACGUGUAUGCGUGUGGAUGUGUGUGCACAGCUGGGUUUGCUGGAUUUAAAAGUUCUCUCCACCUUCAGUUGCCGUUCGCCAACGCACUGCAUUAUCGCGCCGCGCUGCGAUUGUUCACUAUCCUCGCAUGCACACCCGUGCGCGCACGUGUAUAUCCUUUCUUAACUGACGAUUUUUCUAAUUGUGAUCAUAAUGUUCCAGAUUAGUUCUUUGUACACCUGAGGUGAAAGUGGGAAUAUGAAUAGAAUGUAACUUUAAUACAUUCCAGAUCGAUUUGUUUACACGAUCGUUUAUUGAGCGAGUAUUGUAAAGACUGAAAUGUGCGAGUAAUCACAGUUUCUUUGUGUCUACUUGUAUACGUCGAUUUGCAUGUGUCAAAUAAUUGUAUCUACGACCAAUGCUGUGCAUCUCUUUCGUAAUCGGCCGUCCUUGUGCGCGGCAUAAAGAGACCGUACUUACGUAUGCACAAUGAGAAAUGUCACGUGUAUCUACAUAUCGAAACACGUGGCACGAUAAAUCUGACUUUUUGAGAUUGUUUGGUGUUUGUUUCUACGUGAAGUAACGGAUACCGUGCGUCUUGGUCACCGAAGUCGAUUGCUUGUUGCGCAAAUCACUAUCCUGCAAAAUAGUUACUGAUUUGAUCAUGAUCUCUGCAAUGAAGAAACGUAUCAGAUUCUAUACUAAAUUAAAUUAACCAUUUCCUGAAGUGUCCCAAGAAAGACCAUCUACAAACAAAGGACGAAUUCGGUUUCCAAAAUUUGUUUUGAUAGAGCCUUUCGAAUGCAAGAGAUAUGGCGUUGGUGAAUUUCACUUUGCCCUAUCAAUCAGUAACAAUGGCACCGUUCCUUUAUGCGGAUUCGAGCGGGAGCCAUACAACUACCAACAGUCUUCGUUUAAGUGACUUGUUACCAUCAAGACUUGCAUCUAGUUACAACGAAAGAGAAAGCUUUCGUAAUGAGCCUUAUGCAUUACCAAUCAAGUAUCAUCAGCAGCGAUACAGUCAGACUACACAGCAGAAAAGUCAUGAGAUUUAUACGGAACAUACAUCGAUGCAGGACAACCGUUACACUGUAUACAAUCAGGACAUUAGACGGACGCAGCCGAGACAGCAGCAGCAACAACAACAGCAACAGCAACAAAUAAAAUCACCUGCGUCCUCAUCGUUUCAACAGCGUUCUUCUGAACCUCUCAAAACUUGGCUGGAAAAGCAGGAAAAUUAUCCGGAUAGAUCUAUCGGUUAUAGAAAAGUUAACGACGGCAGUUCCGUUAGUCCGAAUACUAAGACUUCGAUCCAUGCCGUGUUAGAUUAUGAUGAUGAUUUCGAAGAUUACUAUGAUGACCAGAAUCAAAACAUACCCACAAAUGCGCACGUUACGCCUAUUCAGGGUCCAAUCUUUCUUAAAAACGGUUCAGUGCCUGUGGUCCCUUUAUAUUCGUAUCCUCAGUUGAACAAUGGGACACUCGUGCAAAUACCGAUACUGUGGACUGCGCUUUCAAUAGCUUUGGGCGUUGAACUGAGAGGAGACUUGGUACGAGGUACACCAUGCAUCAAGAAAUAUCAUCAGUUAUUUUGUCCAACUGCUGGAAACACAUAUCCAAUAGAACGGAUAGAACGUUUCAUUGACGAAAAUAAAGCGUUAAUGAAAAGAAUGUAUGGUAAUUUUGAAAUAAAUUCAAACUAUGGGUCAAAUGAUCGCGGACAUGUUAGAACGCAAAGAAAAAGUAGAGAAGCACAAAGACACGAUAUCCCGGAUGGCGGGCCUAGAGAUGACAAAUUUUACAUAGAAAGCGAAAUCGGCGAAGAAUAUUUUAGCAAGAGUAGAAAUACCAGAGAGUCCAUCGGAAAAAAUCGCAGUACAGAGAAUAACAGAAUUGACGCGUGUGAAUCAAAAGUCGAAAUUGUGACUCCUUACUGGGCAAGCAACAGUGCUGGCAAGAUUCGUGCUAUCGUGAAUACUCAACAUUUUGAGCAAGCAAUACAUCAGGAAAUAUGCUCAAAAUCGCAAACAAAUCGAUGCAGAGACGACUGCGGAUGCGAACAAAAGUACAAAUGGCACAGGUUGCUCGCAUACGAGCCAGACAACGAUUGUAAGGGUAUAUUCAUGGAUUGGUUCCUGUUUCCUUCUUGUUGCGUAUGUAGAUGCGAUCGUGCAAAUAGCAACAAGUUCUCCUCAUCUGGUGAUGGAAAUUGAUUUAAAAAUUUACCCAGAUAUUGACAUGCCGAUAGAGCACAGAAAGAUUGCAGAAAUAUUACAUAAAUAUUCCGAUGUAAUAAUGAAACAUUUCAUAUACAUUGUGAAAUGCUAUAAUAUUGUUGUAACAUUACAACAUUAAAAUAUUUUAUAAGUAGGAUUGCAAUGUAAUAAUCGUACAAUCUGUAAUAACACAAUGCAUUAGCUCGUGAAUUAGCUCAUAAAAUAUUCACUUUUUGAUUUUAUCUUCUUAUUUUUUACAUAGAUAAAGAAAGAAAUCAACUAAUAGUAUUAAUUUAUACAUUACAAUUUUGCAAAAUCCAUGCUAACAUAUCUACAAAAUAUAAUUUCUACAAAUAAGUUUUUUACAUUAAUCGACUUAUAUCUACGUACGCAUGAAUAAGUAUAGAUGUGUAUACGUUUAAGAAAUAAAUAUUUCACGAAAUGAUUCAUAUUUUAUGUUAAUAAAUGUCACGUGAUAAAGGAGGAUGUAAAAAA